AUGUCCCUAACCGCCAUCGGGCGUCAAAUAUGCCGAACGACCGCCAGUUUUGCCAUUUGCUCAACUUCUACACUGCCAAGAACAUCGAACUUUGAUUCGCGAGCCUUUACCACAAGCGCGACGCUCAGGAAAGGCCACUCGCACUGGCAAAACAUUCGUGCCACAAAGGAGAAAAACGACACACAACGUGCCCGGGCCAUCAAUUUGUUGCUCCAAAAGAUGCGAAGCGCCGUGAAGGGAGGCUACGAUUCGAAGCUCAACAGGAAUUUGGCGGCCGUGGAAGCCGAAUUUUUGAAGCAAGGCCUCGGGAUGGACACGUACAAGCGGACUUUGCAACGUUUGAAGGAUCAACCCGAUGUCACGAUCUACUUGGCGGUGAUCGGGCCUUCUAGCACGUUUUUCGUGGUUCACAUGGAGGCGCCGACGCGCGCGGCAGCUGAAGGGGCUCUCAAUAAAUAUGUGAAAAAGAUUGGUGGUGGUUUCCGCGUUGCCCCCGAUUUGAGCGCCAUCAAAUCGUGGUUCGAGGAGAAGGGCGUUCUACUGGUUGGCGCAGAAGAUGAGGCGAAAAAGAAAUGGACGCAAGAAGAGAUGGAAGAACUUUGCAUCGAAAUCGAGUGCGAAGAGGUCAAUGCUGUGGAGGACCUUGGCGAGAAAAAGUUUGAAAUUAUUUGCCAGCCGCUUGAUGUGAAUAAGGUGGAGAAUACGCUGCGCUCCAAGGGAAUCUCCGUGGAAACUGCGCAAGUUGAAUUCCGGGCCCUCCACCCCGUUAGUCCAAGCGAAGCGGAUACGGAAAAGAUCACAAAAUUCUACCAAUUACUGGAAGACGACGAGAUGGUCGGCAAUAUUUUUGACAACAUCGAAUCUGCA